AUGGGCAUCAUGGCUCUUGGUCCGCAAGAUUUCAUCGACUAUGUCAACUACGACAAGCAGAGUCUGUACAUCUCAGCUGCCUCUAUUGCCUUUAACCCACUCUUCUGGAACAUCGUCGCCCGUCAAGAAUACCACAAUAAGCUCCUUACAAAGCUCUUUGGUGGGAACUCCAAAGCUGCCUGCUACGCCCUCGCCUUCACCAUAUUCUCUCUCGGUAUGGUUCGCGAUUUGAUCUACAAGAAUGCCAUCUCCGAACAGCCCACACACCCCGCCCUUGUGAGCGACUUCAUACAAGCUGCCGCUGCCGCGCUCUUCAUUGUCGGUAAUGUUCUGGUCGUCUCUUCAACCUGGCGACUUGGCAUUACUGGUACCUUCCUCGGUGACUACUUUGGUAUUCUCAUGGACGAAAUGGUGACUGGCUUUCCCUUCAACGUGACCGGUUCUCCCAUGUACACUGGCUCUACCUGCAGCUUCCUUGCCACCGCCAUGUGGUAUGGCAAACCCGCCGGUGUCCUACUCACCAUGUGGGUUCAUAUUGUCUACAAGCUUGCCCUACGUUACGAAGAUCCCUUUACUUCUGAGAUUUACGCCAAGCGUGAGCGUGAGCGUGCUGCGGGUAAGAAGUCCAAUUAA